AUGUCCUCCGCCUUCCUCGCCACCGCCGUCCUGCUGGGCUCCUCCGCGGUGAUGGCCUUCGUCCUGCAGCCCUCCGACGUGGAGCCUGCCGCCGGCCGACCACACAGGUGCCCGGGCGAGUCGUGGCAGUCGGUCAGGAAGGGCCUCCUGGAGGCGCUGGGCCUGCGGACCGAGCCCCGGCUGGCUGCCGGGGCGCUGGACGGCGUCAGGGAGCAGUGGCAGAGGACGUUCAGCAGCAUCUCUCACAGAGUCCUCAACCCUGCAUCUCCAACCGUUUCCCCGCCGUCACAGGAGGCCGGAAACAGCACCGGCCCGAGGUGCUGCCCUGUGACCUCCCAGGUCUUCAUGAAAGACCUGGGCUGGGACACCUGGGUGAUCCAGCCUCCGAGCCUCACCCUGGUGCAGUGCGCUCUGUGCAGCGCCGCCGGCCACACCGUGCCGUGUCCGCCGCCUCCGGCCGGCGCUCAGGAGCCCCCCCCAUGCUGCCAGCCCUCCUCCCUGGAGAUGGUGCCCGUCCUCUACAUGGAUCAGUUCAGCACUCUGGUCAUCUCGUCGGUGCAGCUGCCUCGCAGCUGUGGCUGUGGACCCGGCGGCGUCCAGCAGCCCGGCGGCGUCCAGCAGCCCGGCGGCGUCCAGCAGCCCGGCGGCCAAUAG